AUGGAGGUCGCCCAGCCGCCUCUUUCAAUGGAAGCAACUGGUGGCACGGAGCAAGUCUGGGAAGAUGUUCACGAGGCCGUCCUGUUCGAGAUGUUUCCAGAGGAGACGCCUGCCGUGGAGGAGGCACUGCUCCGCUUCGCGGGAACUCCACACCAGGCUGCCCGCGCGUUGGAAGCGUUACUGGCACGCCCAGAGGCCAAAGCUAUGGCAGAAGGGGAGGAUGACCUGGACUACGACCGUGCAUCCUUUGCUGACGAGGACGGACCCGUUGACUGGGAAGACGAGGAGGAGUGGGACGAAGAUGCGGAGGACGAGUGGGAAGAGGAGGAAGAAGAGUGGGACGAAUAUGCAGAGGAGGAGCAAGUCAUCCCAGCAGCAGAGGCACCAGAGGUGCCGAAACCAGUGCGGCGAUGGGGCAACCAGGCCAGGCAAGAGAAUGUGUUCGGGAGUCUCGACGGCGCGCCAAAAUGGGCGGAGAUGCCUGCGAGACCGGAGCAAGGUGGCAAGGAGCUGGUUCCGCUGGCCCCCAAGGAGGAGCGCGGUACAGAGAACCUGCUGGAGUCGAAAGGGCGACGUGCGGAGCUCAAAAAUCCAGCUGCUGCUCGCGCCCACGCUCCGGCAACCUGUGCGCAAAGUCGGACAGACAGAUGUGACGCUGCUGACUGUGGGGGUGGUGCCAAGCGCUUGCAACGAGGUGCCGUGAGCUGCUCGCAGGCGCGCGGCCUGCGCUUGAGGAGAGCAUCAUAG